UUGGUUUCACAAUUGAUGAGUAAAAAUCAACAUAAAAAAGGGCCCCCCCAUUUUGCCUUGUAUCAUCAUUGAAUUACCCACAACACAAAGACCAACUACACCACAAGAUGUCUCAUUUUCCUCCUAUAUUCCGUCCCAUGUGAAUACAGAAGACCCUGAAAACUCUCUCUCUCUCUCUCUCUCUCUCUCUCUCAUGGAUUUGGUGAAUGAGACCCUCCAAGGAUUGAUAGAGGUAGGUGUGACCUUAGUUAGGACCCCUAUGGUAUCACUUGCAUGUUCCGUGUUAGGCUUAUUGGUUGGAGUUUUGGGGUACUUCUAUGCACCCUAUUGGGGGGUUAGGAGGGUACCUGGCCCAGUGGCGAUGCCAUUGGUAGGAAACCUUCCCUUGCUGGCUAAAUAUGGUCCUGGGUUGUUCUCAGUCCUUUCCAAACAAUAUGGUCCUAUUUUCAGGUUUCAUAUGGGAAGACAACCACUGGUAAUAGUAGCAGAUCCUGAGUUGUGUAGAGAAGUUGGAAUUAAGAAAUUCAAAGACAUUCCCAACAGAAGCAUUCCCUCUCCUAUCUCAGCUUCCCCUCUUCAUCAAAAGGGUCUCUUCUUCACCAGGGAUGCAAGAUGGUCUACCAUGCGAAACACCAUAUUAUCAGUCUACCAGCCAUCCCACCUAGCCAAGUUGGUGCCGACUAUGCAAGCAUUCGUCGAAUCCGCUACUCAAAACCUCCAUUUCAACAAAGAAGAGGACAUCAUUUUCUCUGACCUCUCCCUCAAGUUGGCCACGGAUGUGAUCGGACAAGUGGCAUUUGGUGUUGACUUUGGCCUCUCUAAGCCACGGUCAACAAGUGAUGACUCUAUGAAUGAUUUAGGUCAUCAGAGUAAUAGCAAUGAGGGAGUCCGCAACUUCAUCAAUCAACACAUCUACUCCACAACAAUGCUCAAGAUGGACCUUUCAGGCUCCUUUUCAAUCAUAUUAGGCCUUCUUGUCCCCAUACUCCAAGAACCAUUUCGCCUCAUUCUGAAAAGAAUACCGGGCACCAUGGACUGGAAAGUUGAAAGGACAAAUCGGGAUUUGAGCAGCCGCCUUGAUGAGAUUGUUGUGAAGAGGAUGGAAGACAAGGACCGAGGCUCAAAGGACUUCUUGUCGCUUAUAUUGAGUGCAAGGGAGACAGGGAAAUUGUCAAAGAAUGUUUUCACCCCGGACGACAUCAGUGCAGUUACUUAUGAGCAUCUGCUUGCCGGAUCAGCCACAACUUCCUUUACAUUGUCUUCCACUGUAUAUCUAGUUGCCGGGCAUCCAGAAGUUGAGAAGAAGUUGCUUAAAGAGAUUGACAGCUUCGGUCCCCAUGAUCAGAUGCCAACUGCUAAUGAUCUUCAACACAAAUUUCCCUAUCUUGACCAGGUGGUCAAAGAGGCAAUGAGGUUCUAUACAGUUUCCCCAUUAAUAGCAAGAGAAACAUCAAAGGAAGUGGAGAUAGGAGGUUACCAUUUGCCAAAGGGCACAUGGAUUUGGUUGGCACCUGGAGUUCUAGCUAAAGACCCUAAAAAUUUUCCGGAACCAGAAAAGUUCAAGCCAGAGAGAUUUGAUCCGAAUUGUGAAGAAGAGAAACAAAGGCACCCUUAUGCACACAUACCUUUUGGAAUUGGACCUCGAGCAUGCAUUGGCCAAAAAUUUUCUUUGUAUGAAAUAAAACUCUCACUGAUUCAUCUGUACCGUAAAUAUGUGUUUCACCAUUCCCCCAACAUGGAAAAACCUCUGGAACUAGAGUAUGGCAUAAUUCUCAACUUCAAGCAUGGUGUUUGGCUUAGAGCCAUCAAAAGAGCAUAGACAUUGUUAAGCUUGGCAGGGUAUUGUUCUUGGCAUGUAUAAUCUCGAUGGUUUCAAUGUUUUUCUUGGUUUGGUGACCUCAAUAAAUCAUCCCAAUUUGAUCAUUUAUUGAAA